CGAGCUGCGGCGGAGAAAUUUCUGUUAGAAAUCGUUGACGUGCUUGUCGGUUGGUUCUCUUAAAACUUGGAAGCACAGAGAACACCAUAAGUACGGCCCCCCAUCGUUGGCGCGACGUAUAAAACCGGGAAGAGAAACAGGAAUUUGGUUUAAUCGACAAAAUUGACUCGGACGGGAAAGUGCUGUCGCUCGGCGCCGCAAAAAAGGAAUAUAUUCGCACGAGGCAUCGUUUCAUGCGGGCGCUAAACUAAGGACGCCAACAUAAAUAACAACAAAAUUAAUAAUCAAAACAAGAGGGGAAAACCCUAAAACGCAAUUAAAAAACACUACCAAGUGUAACUUGAGCGCUACAAGGUGAAACCAAUAUUAAGACCAUCCCAGAACACAUUGUUUCUCGUCCUUGUCGUCCAUCCAGUCAGCGGAGCAUCUCAUCCAACCCGAAAGGUAUAAAGCCUCCAAUACCCAUUUAAAGAUCGGACAAAAGUAAAGAAAAAAACCGCCAACAUGUUCAUCGAAGAUGAUGCGCAAAUGGACAGCUUCUGGGUGCUGCUCUCAAUUAACGCGAUCAAGGCGAUCACCUGCGUAUAUGACAUUGUUACGUUGCCGAUCUACUUGGUCCUGCAACAGCCAUGGAAGCGUCGACAGGACUCUCGCCGUGUGAAGGCCAAGCCCAUUAACCAGAAAAUGUUGGUCGAUGAGUCCAAGUACGCGCCGGAUGACAUUGAGGCCAAGAUCGUAAAGAACGAUGACCAUGAGCUGACCUACCGGACUACGGAUCCGCCCCGUGAUGUUCACGUGAAGAUGCUGCAGGAGAACAUCGACACCCUGGAGAAGGUCUUCAUCUAUGUGGCCAAGACCUACACGUCGAAGAGGUGUCUGGGAACUCGCCAGAUCCUCAGCGAGGAGGACGAAGUGCAGCCCAACGGACGUGUCUUCAAGAAAUACAAUCUGGGUGACUACAAGUGGAAGACCUUCACCGAGGCGGAGCGAGCGGCUGCCAACUUUGGCCGUGGAUUGCGCGAACUGGGCCAGGCACCCCGCGAGAACAUUGUCAUCUUUGCCGAGACCCGGGCCGAGUGGCUAAUUGCCGCCCACGGAUGCUUCAAGCAGGCCAUGCCCAUUGUCACUGUCUACGCCACCCUGGGAGAUGAUGGAGUUGCCCACUGCAUCACUGAGACGGAAGUCACCACUGUCAUUACCUCGCACGACCUGUUGCCCAAGUUCAAGACCCUCUUGGACAAGUGCCCGCUGGUGAAGACCAUUAUCUACAUCGAGGAUCAGCUGAGCAAGACGGAGACCACGGGAUUCAAGAGCGGUGUUAAGAUAGUGCCCUUCAACCAGGUGGUCAAGACGGGACAGGAGAGCAAGUUCGAGAACGUGCCACCCAGGGGAGAUGACAUCGCCAUCAUCAUGUACACGUCCGGCUCGACAGGAACGCCUAAGGGAGUCCUGCUGUCCCACAAGAACUGCAUUGCCACGAUGAAGGGUUUCGUCGACAUGGUGCCCAUCUAUCCGGAUGACGUCCUGAUCGGAUUCCUGCCCCUGGCCCACGUUUUUGAACUGGUGGCGGAGAGUGUGUGCCUGAUGACCGGCGUGCCAAUUGGAUACUCGACACCACUGACCCUGAUCGAUACCAGCAGUAAGAUUCGGCGCGGAUGCAAGGGCGAUGCCACUGUUCUGAAGCCCACAUGCAUGACCUCGGUGCCGUUGAUACUCGAUCGCAUUUCCAAGGGCAUCAACGACAAGGUUAACUCUGGCUCUGCCUUCCGCAAGCUGCUCUUUAAAUUCCUCUACCAGUACAAAGUCAAGUGGGUGCAGCGCGGCUACACGACGCCUCUGAUUGACAUGUUGGUGUUCAAGAAGGUGGCCAAGCUGAUGGGCGGCAAAGUCCGCAUUAUCAUGUCGGGAGGAGCUCCUCUGUCGGCUGACACUCACGAGCAAAUUAAGACCUGCCUGUGCCUGGAUCUGAUUCAGGGCUAUGGCCUAACGGAAACCACCUCAGGAGCCACUGUAAUGGAUUAUCGCGAUAUGUCCUAUGGACGCACUGGAGGACCACUGACCGUCUGCGACAUUCGUUUGGUGAACUGGGAGGAGGGCAACUACCGCAUCACCAACAAGCCCUAUCCCCAGGGCGAGGUUCUCAUUGGCGGCGAAUGCGUCUCCCAAGGAUACUACAAGCUGCCCGGCAAGACCAACGAGGACUUCUUCGAGGAGGAUGGCAGACGGUGGUUCAAAACUGGAGACAUUGGAGAAAUCCAAGCCGAUGGCGUACUUAAGAUUAUUGAUCGUAAGAAGGAUCUGGUUAAGCUGCAGGCCGGCGAAUACGUCUCUCUUGGAAAGGUUGAAUCGGAACUGAAAACUUGUGCUAUUGUUGAGAACAUUUGCGUUUAUGGUGAUCCCACCAAGCAGUUCACGGUCGCGCUGGUCGUGCCAAACCAAAAGCAUCUGGAGGAGCUGGCCGAGAAGCACGGACUGCUUAACAAGACCUUCGAAGAACUGUGCUCCUCGCCCGUAAUGGAACAAGCCGUGCUCAAGGAAAUCGCUGAUCAUGCGCGGAAAUGCAAAUUGCAAAAGUUUGAAGUGCCGUCCGCCAUUACGCUGUGCAAGGACGUUUGGUCGCCAGAUAUGGGUCUGGUGACGGCCGCCUUCAAGCUGAAGCGCAAGGAUAUCCAGGAUAGAUAUCAGCAUGAUAUUAACCGCAUGUACGCCUCAUGAAAGUCAGCAUACUAAACUAGAAAGAGCAAAAGCAGAUACGACAACAACACGGAGACAACUACGUUAGUGGAGCAGCAGCAGCAGCGGCAACUGCAACAGCAGCAGAAGUGGCAGCAGCAGCGGCAGCGGCAGCAAUGAAGCUAGUGCGAUUUAGUAGUGGCGAUAUAGUAGCACCCCCAUAAGACACAAGCAUGCGUACCAAAUCCAAAACCAAACUAGCUUAAGUCCAUAUAGAUCUGAAAGCCAGGCACAACACAAGGAUUAACGCCAACAUAUGUUAGACGUUAUGCGUGUGGUAUAAAAAACAAAAAGUUCUCAUUUACAAAUUGGUUCUGUUCCCUAUUGUUUGCUAGAUUCUUUUUAAAUUAUUUGUUUUUAUCCUAAUAAAUGAAGUUUGUUGAA